AUGACGUCACUGUCCCUAAGAUCACCAUCGCCGCCGACAUUGAUGACGUCGCUACCGGUCCGAGCCCCCUCGUGGGUUUCCUCCCGGAGAAUCUUCGAGGAGAAGCUCCACGAACUUCCCAAGUGCGCCAAUUUAGCCCAGGUGAAGCAGCUUCACGCCCAGAUUAUCCGGCGGAACCUUCAUCAGGAUCUACACAUCGCGCCGAAACUAAUCUCCGCUCUCUCUCUCUGCCGCCAAAUGACCUUAGCUGUUCGGGUUUUCAAUCAGGUCCAGCAACCGAACGUCCAUCUCUGCAAUUCUCUGAUCAGAGCUCAUGCCCAGAACUCGCAUCCCUAUCAAGCUUUCUCCGUUUUCUCCGAAAUGCAGAGAAUUGGCCUUAUCGCCGAUAACUUCACAUACCCGUUUCUUCUAAAAGCUUGCUCAGGUCAAUCGUGGUUGCCUGUGGUGAAAAUGAUUCAUAACCAUAUCGAAAAAUUAGGGCUUUCGUCUGAUAUCUAUGUUCCGAAUGCACUCAUCGAUUGCUACUCCAGAUGCGGUGCUCUGGGUGUUAAAUCGGCGAUGAGGUUGUUCGCGACGAUGGGUGAGAAAGAUACAGUGUCCUGGAACUCGAUGCUCGGUGGAUUGGUGAAAGCAGGGGAAUUGAGAGAUGCGCGCCAAAUGUUCGAUGAAAUGCCUCAGAAGGAUUUGAUAAGCUGGAACACAAUGUUGGAUGGGUACGCGAGAUGCAGAGGCAUGACUAGUGCCUUUGAGCUGUUCAAGCAAAUGCCGGAGAGAAACACUGUAUCUUGGUCGACGUUGGUUAUGGGCUAUAGCAAAGCCGGAGACAUGGAGAUGGCUAGGGUUAUGUUUGAUAAGAUGCCGGUGAAAAACGUGGUAACUUGGACCAUAAUCAUUGCUGGAUAUGCGGAGAAGGGGCUUGUGAAGGAGGCUGAUAAAUUAGUCGACCAAAUGGUGAAUGCAGGGCUGAGGUUUGAUGCUGCAGCUGCGAUUAGUAUCUUGGCUGCUUGUGCUGAGUCUGGUUUGCUCAGUUUAGGAAUGAGAGUUCACUCAAGAAUAAAAGGGACUAAGCUCGUUUCUAAUUCUUAUGUGUUGAAUGCACUGCUUGAUAUGUAUGCGAAAUGUGGUAGCUUGGAGAAAGCGUUUGAUGUGUUCAAAAACAUACCUAAGAAGGAUCUUGUCUCCUGGAACACUAUGCUUCAGGGUCUUGGCGUUCAUGGCCACGGAAAGGAAGCGCUUGAGCUGUUUUCGAGGAUGAGAAGCGAAGGGAUUCGGCCAGAUAAGGUCACGUUUAUUGCGGUUUUAUGUUCCUGCAACCACGCGGGUCUCGUUGAUGAAGGCAUAGAGUACUUCUACUCAAUGGAGAAAGUGUAUAAGCUGGUUCCACAAGUUGAACACUAUGGUUGUCUUGUUGACCUGUUAGGUCGAGGGGGACGGUUAAAGGAAGCGAUUAAGGUUGUCCAAACGAUGCCUAUGGAGGCCAAUGUUGUUAUUUGGGGUGCUCUUCUUGGAGCGUGCAGGAUGCAUAACGAGGUUGAUAUUGCAAAGGAAGUCCUGGAUCAUUUGGUUAGACUAGACCCUUCUGAUCCGGGAAACUAUUCGCUGCUGUCGAAUAUCUACGCAGCAGCAGAGGAUUGGGAAGGUGUUGCUAACAUAAGGUCGAAGAUGAAGAGUAUGGGAGUGGAGAAGCCAUCUGGAGCUAGUUCGAUUGAAUUGGAGGAUGGGGUACACGAGUUUACAGUGUUUGACAAAUCACACCCAGAAUCUGAUCAAAUUUAUCAGAUGCUUGGUAGUCUAAUUGAACCUCCAGAUACUGGUGAGCUGGUUGCUGCGGGAUGA